GGUAUUAAAGCGGACGCCUGGUGGCUCACUAAAUAAAUGUGAUGAAAAUAGCUUUCAAGAGGUUAGUAUGGACAGCAGCUCUUAAGUUAGCUUUAAUAUUUUUAAUCAAUCUACCAAAUUUGAUCCAUAACUUUUGGAUCCACCCAAUCCAAGCACGAAGCCAACCCGAACGUACCCGAGCCUCGAAACCCCAUUUCUUUUAUUUUUGCGAACGUCAUCACUAACCGCGUUACUCAGAUUGCAAAACAUCAGCGCCAGCACGCCGCUGUCACUGUUCAUCCUCGUCAGUUAACAUCCGUGCUCACCUCGGUACGGUUCGGAUGCGUACGAAACGUGAUUUGUCUAUAGAAAAAAAAAACCUUCAUUUUCCAUCCUCUCGCACGCGUGUUGUGUUUUGUGUGCAUUUGUGAAUUUUCCGCGCGCCAAAAACGUACUCCUCACACCCACACACACACACAGGCACGCAGAGUCGCUUUGUUUUGUGGUUUGUUUCCAUCGUGUCAUAAUUCUGGCUCGUGUGCGCGGGCCGACAUCGCAGUGUUCAUCUCGGUGGUUCCGUUUCUGCCUGUGUGGUGAAUCGUUAAUUGGCGCUUAAUUGUCAGCGGCCAUCCCCCCCCCUCCCCGGAACGGGUGGGAUGGUAGUUGGGUGUCUGUGUGCCGAGUGCGGAAAGAGAUAAAAAAGGAAGAUCCCCUGCGGAUAUUCCGGCGCCUGCCAGCGAUAAUCCGGCGGUGUCGACCGCACCGCUAUUGGCGCAGGUGUUUUGUUCGCAGUGUUUAGGAAGAGUUUUUGGGAUUUUAUCACCGUGCAGCAUCGCUCAUCAUCGCAACUAGAAAGCGCAUUAUUUAAAAGAAUCAAUCUACCGUUAGGAAACGGGCACGGCCCCCUUCAGCGACGACCAUCGCCUCCCCCGCUCCCAUCCUGCCAGCCGCACGCCAUGGAUUACAUCAAAGAGCUCGAUAUUCGACUCGACAAGGAGCACUACUACGCCGGUGAAGUGCUCUCGGGGCGAGUCAUAAUGCACACUACGGAAAAUUUCAAGCUCAAGUCUAUCCGGUUACUGCUCAGGGGUAAAGCGCACGUCGAGUGGAAGGUGUUCGUGUCCGGAGACAAAAGAACGGUUAAGGACGAUCAGGUCUACAUCGACGAGCGGGCCGUCAUUUGGGGCGAACGGGCGGGCGAAGGGCUGGACGUGACCGUACCGGUGCUGGUGCGAGGUCAGCAUCAGUUUCCGUUCCGUUUUAACAUCCCCGAAACGAACCUUCCCUGCAGCUUCGAGUCACGUGCCUGUUACAUCCGUUACUUCGUUAAGGUUACGAUUGAUAUCCCGUAUGCCUCUCCGCCGCAAGGAAUCAAGUACUUUACCAUCAUCGGACCGCACAUAGACUGUAUGGAUGAGCAAUAUCUGAAACCGGUUUCGGGGCAAGACAAGAAGGUCAAGUGUUGCCUGUGCUGUGCCAAAGGACCCGUUACGCUCAGCUGUUCCCUCGACCGGACCGCCUUCUGUUGCGGUGAAACACUCAAGCUGAAAUCGAUCAUCGACAAUCAGGGCGAGGAAGCGGUGAAGCUAAAGGUGCGCCUCCUGCAGUACUGCGAGUUCUUCGUCGAGCGGGGCGUGCUCGGGGUGACGAAGGAGGUCCAACACCUGGUGCUCGAGUACAAGGGCGAAACGGUGGUGCCGGCCGAACGGCAAGACACCUGUGCCAUCUUGCGCAUCCCAACCGUACCGACCACCAUGAUGGGUGUCUGCCGGCUGGCACAGAUCUACUACACGCUCGUGGCCUGCCUGGAGUUCGAUAAAUCCGGUGACGACUUGCAAAUUAACUUCCCCAUCACGAUCGGCACGGUACCGUUCCGAAUACCGAACAGCAAUCUUCAACCGCACAUAGGAUACGAUGUUGCUAUCGAUCACGUCGAGGGUGGCACCUACAUCGGGCCGGAGUUCCUGCUGGGCGAAGUGUACGACGGGUGUAACGUGAGCGACAACGAGCACCGGGACCUGGCGCCACUCUACCGGCCGGUCUAUCUGACGGUCGUCCUUAGCUCGCAGCAAAUAUCGGCCAAAGCGGUCGAGCGCAACAACCGUCGACAAUCAGCAUCGGCCGUGCUGGGAGCCGUCGGUCCCACCACCUCAUCAGCGUUGGUGGAUAGCGGAGGUGGAGGUGCGUGCAGCAGUAGCGGUGGAGCGAAAGGCGGGUCGACGGAAGCAAAACACGAUCUCCAGCGGCACCGGAAGUAGAUCGGGAACUACUACUUUUACAGCACCCCCAUUUUACAACCACACCCUGACGAACGACUCGGAUGCGGAAGAAUACAAAAAGAAGGUCACGACAUCGGACGGUUCGGGUCCAACCGUGAGCGCUAACGUCAACAAACCAUUCGUCCAACCUCCAUCUUCCUCGACCUCGUGGCAGCAAGCAGCACUGGAGCACUGGAAUGUUUGAAGGACAAUUUUCUACGCUCCCGUAACCGCGUGCUCCCCAUCGUCCUUCCCUUUUUUUCCCGGUCCAGCUACAUUCCACAAUCAACACGCAGGAAAAAAAAACUUCGUCUUCAAGGAAAACUGGACGAAAAAUUAAGGACAACAACGAACCAGAACCGACCGAAAAAAGAAACGAUGGAGUGUAGGACCUUGGGUGAGUUUUUGCAAGAAAACACACACACACACCGGAGCGACAGAAAGAGAAAAAAAAUGGAGGAUUGUCCAUCAUGCAACGGGGAUGGUCUCCUUGGUCCGGACGCGUUUUUUGGCGUAAACAUGCUUGCAAAGCAAAACGGGUUCCAGGGUGCAAACAGAUACACACCUUCGUAGGUUCAAUUCGCUUGGGGAGAUCUCCAUUGCCAUUUUCCUCCCCAACCCUCUCGAGAGAGGCGAGCGCAGAGCUUUAACGCGUAGUAGAUGCGGUAGGACGCGGGACGCGACCGGUCCAAACUAAUUAAAAGAACACAUACUCAGCCCCUAUAAACAAACACACACACACCAAGAGAAAGGGGAGAGAGUGAUCCGUACGGCGUGCCAAAGAUUUCGAAUACUCAACGGACCCUUUUCUUUUGAGUGCGAUACUGUAGUUCGUAGCGAUGGUGCGAGAGGUUUUAUCCGGUCUGUAUCCGGGGUUUACGUUUUUAGGUGUUAGGCGUCCCUCUCAUCAAUGUCUUGUUGUCCUUUCGUGUUUUUUGUCUGUUUUGUGCGAUCCUUUUUUGCCACCUGGAUGGGUGUUAACCAUAAUAGCAACCGCGUGUAGCAACUGUUUAUGUGUGUGUGUGUUUUCUUUUAUGAAUCGUUUCACUGACCGUCCAUCCUUUAGUUUUUCGUCUUAUUCGAAUGACCUGAAACGAUAUGGGGAUGUAAACGGCUAAGAAUUGGCAUUAAGCAGUCUUUGGUGGGAAGCUUAUUUCGUGGCGUUUUACAACAGAUGGCGCUGUGUUGUGUUUACUUACUUAUCAGGUAGUAUAGCGGUUGGACGGUCUUGACCUGCUGCAGAUGGUCACGAUACCGCCCAUUGGGCUUUGGGGCGAUUGUGUUUGUGGCCAUCACUCCAUUUGAACCUUACCGCGCAUCCUCCACCUUGGUUUGCUGCAGAACUCCUUGUUAGUCCGGUACCUAGCGGACGCAUUAACACCAUAACUCCAUUUGGACCUACAACGCUUCCUCCAUGUCUAUAUGAACGACCUAAAAGGACUUUACGGGCCAGGUCGUCCGGUGCCAUUCUCCUGACACUACCAGCCCACCGGAUUUUGGCCUGCUCGACCUUUUGGUGAGCUUAAGCAAUGCUUUUACUUCCCAUACCUAUAGGAGAACCACAAUCCAAUGAUGUCUAUGUCAUCAGCGAAUGUCAGGAUUUGAAUUGACUUAUAGACUAUGGUCCCCGAAGUUUCAACCUCCAAGUCACGGAUGGCCCUCUCCAUCUGUGGGUUGAAGUGAAUAUCGGAAUACACGCUGAUAGUUUCCAAUUAUCUCUUCAACGAAUGGGAUCAGUUCCUUUGCUCAUGAAGAUGGCCUUAAAAAGGCUUACUGAUCCUAGUCUUCUUGUGCCAUUCUUAUGGCAGAACCAAUCCACUGCAGCUGGCGAAUUUAAUUCGUUGUACAAUGGUGACCUCGAAGCGUCUUGGUUUGCCAUUUUUGCCUUUCUUGACUAGCUUACACCCGUAGCUGAUUGAUUAGUCAGGCCUUCGUACAGUAAAUUCAGGGUGAACAUAUUUUCUAAGCUUCCUUCUCUCGAACGCACCACGAAUCUCUUCGAAUCUCUGGAAGAAGUACUUAAGAGCAUUAUUUAAAUGAGCAAUAAUUCCUCAUUCCUUCGAAAAGCAAUAGAAAAUCGAGUCAAACAAACGUGUUCAGUUCCACCGCGUACAAGGCCAUCCGAUUGUUAAACGCCACGAAAUAAGUUUUUCAUCACAAAGCGCAUGGUAGAGUUCAAUGUGAUUACUUUAUCGGUUUCAGUGGAACGCGCCGUUUUAGCCCAACCUUUUUGUACAAGCGAGUACAUCCAUUUUUCCGCUGCAUAUGUGUGGAGAGAUCUCCGGUAAAAUGAUGUGCUCUAAUGAUAUAGUUAACGAGCGAGAGAAGAGUAAGAGCAAACUACAGUUAAGCGGUACAAAGAAACAAAUAAAGUUUUCCCUAAACAAAUUGAUAAAAAAAAAACCCCCGUUCCCCGUGUGUGAGGACACCGGAACAAAGUAACAAAGCAGAAUAAUAAAACAAAUAUUAAAAAAGUGACCAUUUGACACUGAUUUGUCCCUUUAGUAGAUGUGAUGACAGAAGCAAGUGCAACGGUGCCCCGUUUACUAUUAGUUCAAACGAUAGUGAAAUGUUUAUUGUGUAAUGCGCAAUUGGAAACGAAUCGCAUUCGGGCGCACGUUAGCAGCCCACUUUCUCAUUCAGCAGCAGAGCAUUUGCAUCCGAACCGUACGUACGUAAAAGUGUUGUGCCAUUUUAUAUAAACCUUCCGGGCUAGUUGUAUAGUAUAGUAUACCUCUAGGCGCAAGAGUAUACCCGGCGCUCUAGUGUUAGUAACUGUCACUUCCCCCUAGUACGCUUUUGUAAUGUUUGUUUUCAAUAAGUCUAAACGUUUAAAUUCAUGUUUUACACUUUUCAUGUGCCGAUACCUGGUUCAGUGUGUGUGUGUGUGUGUGUUUUGUUUUUCCUCUUUUUUCGCUACUACUACUACUUUUGCUUUAAAUUCUAUCUUUUGUCCACCAUCCAUCGCCAGCCUAGUGUGUAUGAGAAAGGAACGCAUUUUCCGGCGUUCGGUUAUUAGUUUAGUCUUUCUAGUUUUUUAUGAUUUACAGGUUUACAUCUAAUCAUUUUGAGUUUGAAAUUCGCUCUCUCUCUUUCGCUUUAGUCUCUCGUUCCUAUCGCUUGCAAGCAUUAAUGGUUUGCACUUCCAUUUGCUUUUUGUUUAUCAUCGCUACAUUUACGUUUAUGAUUAUCGUUGACGGAGUGGGUUGUUUGUCUCUUGUUUUUUUACUAUACUUCCGGCGGAUCUACAGUCUUAACUACGGAACAGAAUAUAUGCAUAUGAAAAACGGUUGGUAUUAAUUCCUCUCUCUCUCUUUCUCUCUCUGGCUACGUGUUUGUGGUUGAUAAUGUAUUGUUUUAUUGUUUGAUAUUGGCAAAUGCACUUACGCUUGAUGUAGUGAUGAGACUAACCACUCAGUAACGUGAGUUAAAUCAGAGUGAGUGAGUUGAAACACUCGCGACUAGCCACUCACUUACCAGGUUUUAACUCACUUGGUACGUUAGUUAAUGAAUUAAACCGUAGUUGGCAGUCGGAAAGUUAAAUCACCAGUAAGUUUAUUAAACUCAGGAGUGAGUUAAAACCGCAUUGUGUGUGCAAUUAAAUCACACGUGAGUUGAAAUAACUCUUCGGUAAUGAUUUUAAAUCAUCUAUUUCAUUGUUAACAUUUAACUCAUUCACUCACUCUGACUCAAUUUGCACAUCACUAGGCUUGUUGCCGAGAUUUAUCGGAUUUCUCUAGGACCAUUCUGAGCGGCCAACGUGAGAUUACGCGAAACUUUUGCAGGUUAAAAUGCUAACACACCGAGGUUAUCGAGGAGCAGAUGGGGAGGGGGAGCGUGGCGGUUAUUUUAAGCUAUCUAUCGGAAUCUAUACUGGGAACAAAAAUGGUAGCAUUGUCUAGCGGAUCGACUUAAAUUAAGGUGAAUAAAUAGAAUUCUCCUAACGGUGUGUUUCAUUAGUAAGCGAGUGGUUUGAAUUCGGUACGGUUUGCAGGGGGGUUUAAUUUCCGGGAUUGAUUUAGUGAAGUAAUAAAACAAAUUUUGGACCCUCGUAUUUUCACUACGAGAAGGAAAGAUAGUAUAAGCAUUCUUUUUACCACGGUGAGAUUAAGGUUUUCUGAUGCUUUUCUUCUUUUUUCAAACUGGGAUUUGAAGAAACGUUAUCGUUUUAGCUAUUAGUUUCCGUCUGCCGGUGACUGCAGACGUUCAUCUACUGUAGCGCCUGUCUUGAGCGCUUGCUUUUGUCUUUACCUAUUGAUUUGUUAGCUGUGAGUCUCCUGGAAUCAAACUGGAUGAUAAUUUUAAUCCUGCCUAAUGUGGAGUCGACACACUUAACCUGUCCGACCUAGCGUAGGAAGGUCGAUGGUGCGAUAAUAAACAAGGGAACUAAAUGAAAAGCAGGAUUAGGUGGAAAUUAUCUACAAUACGAGAAACAAAAGAUUUACAUGCUAUCCUUUUCACAAGGAAAAAUUACUGAUUUCUUCCAUUAAAAGAAAAAUAACCUCCCUAGAAACACGAGUAAAACGGCGCUUGUUUUGUCAGAAAUGUUGAGAACUGUAAAAUGGAGGAGGCGUGUUAGGUAAUGUGGAGAGAGAA